AGGAAGCGAUCGGUGGGGGGAGAGGAAAAAAAAAAUACUACUCCUACUAGUACUACCACCAGCACCAACAGCGAGGAAAAUGGAGAUGGUGUGUGAGAACGGUACGCGGCGACCGUACAGGACCCAGAGCGAAGCGGAUCGGCAGCCGGUGCACAGAUGGACGAGCGCCGACAUGUCUGCCAACCACCACAGUUGCCUCCUGAAGCAGUUGGACCAGCAGCGGCGCCAGGAGCUGUUCUGCGACUGCAACGUGCUGGUAGGUGGACGCCUUUUCCGCGCACAUCGCAACGUCCUUUUCGGGAGCAGUGGCUACUUCCGCAUGCUGUUGUCUCAGGGUGCGCGAGAAAGCCUGGAACCCGCAAGGGCCUCGUUCGACGCCUUCGCCCCUGACACCUUUGCCACCAUUCUAGACUUCGUAUACUCAGGUCAUCUGGCUUUGGGCAGCGGCAACGUGAUCGAGGUGAUGUCUGCCGCCAGCUACCUGCAGAUGGACAAUGUCAUCGCCUACUGCAAAGCCUUCAUCGAGUCCUCCCUGGAGAUAAGCGCCAAGGAUGCGACGGAGGACACCCUGCCUCCGCAAAGCAUCUUGUGGGAGCACCAGGACGACACCAAGGAGGAAGACGCGUACGAAGCAGAGGUGACAAAUGACCAUAGCCCGCAGUGCCAGCAGGUUCUGGAGGCAGGCUUAAAGGACGACCAGGUGGAACAGUUUGACGCGGUUUCUGAGCCCAGGAGAAGAGGAACCAGGAAAAGAUCAGCCACUCAUCGGUACACCCCAGACGAUAGUUCACCGAUCGACCUCCAGAGGGCAACGGCGGGCACACAGAAAGCGGACGAACUCUAUGCCACCCUGCCUACCAUCGUAGGUGUUGUGGGAGUUUUUAACAAAGACUCCACUCCCACUGUGCGCUUUAAGUGCCCGUUCUGCACACACACUGUGAAGAGGAAGGCGGAUCUGAAGAGACACUUGAGGUGCCACACGGGUGAGAGGCCGUACCCUUGCCAGGCCUGCAGUAAGCGCUUCACUCGUCUCGAGCACCUGCGCAGCCACUUUGAGACCAUCCACCAGGCACGUAAGCUUGUGUGCCGGAAGUGUAAGCGACAUGUGACGGAGCAGAACAGCCGUGUGGUGUGUGAGGGCUCACGGCGAUACAGACUCUGUGAAGCGUGCCUUCAGGAGAGUGGCCUGGUGGCGCGUGAUGGCACCGACGCCAGCACAGAGGAGCCAGGGCUUUUGCUUGGCGUGGAGGAGGAACUGGAGGGAAGCCGCAAUGCCUCGUGGGGGGUGGAGGAUGAGGAUGACCUUGCUGAGGAUUCAGGAACUGACCUCAUCAUUCAGGAAGUAGAGGACAGUGACGAGGAACCCAGUGCGAAGUGACCUUGUGUGCGUUUGUGUGUCUGCGUGUCUGUGUGAGAGGGAGAGAGUGUGUGUGUGUGUUUGUGUGAACAAGUAAGUGAUGUGCACCGAAUUCAGCUUCACUUUUUCCAAAAAUGGGCAUCUUUGAAUCAAAGAAAAUGUUCUAUACAUGUAUAAUUGUAUUAUAAAAAUUUAAAAAAUGUAAAUAAUUUAUUUCACUAUUAAACUUGGUUAAAUUAUUCCCUCUUGCUUCUUAUAUCCUGAAAUCUCGCAACGUAAUAUUUUGGCAUAAAAAAUCGAUUUUCUUGCAUUUUCCUAUGCCAUGCUUGAAAUUUUUUGAUUCACAUUAAUGUUUGCAUUGGCAAAUAUUUUAGGCUGUUGUAAAGAUUCUUAUACGUUUGUCCAUGUGACUUUCAUUACAUCUUCGUUGGAACAAUCAAGCAUCAUAUAUUUUUCUCCUAAUGUUUCAUGUAUAAUUUUAUGGAAAUGAAUACUCUUUGCACUUCUUUAUCAAUCAUUCUUCUAUUAUUAUUAUUAUUAUUAUUAUUAUUAUUAUUAUUGUUUUUCUUGGUGACACA